CGUGUGUAUUAUAAUGUGAUUGUAUCCCCGUGAUUUUCAUAAGAGAAAUAUCAAUAAAUAUUAAGUCGAAGUUGUAGAGGGAAUACCCGUUGACACAUAUGCACGCGCAGGUAGUUUAGUGUGAGACAUUCGUUAUCUCUUACCCGUUAUCGUUCACAAGCAUUUAUCGAUAACGUACGUUGUAAUGGAACAGACACGUCUUUAUUCGUGAAGAUUAAAAGUAUAAAUCUCUGAAAGUAAGGCUAAAAUCUAAUUAAUACAUAUCAGUACUGAUCAGUACCAGACGCUGGUGACGAUACUGUGUAGGAAAUAUAUAUUUUUGAAUCCAAAUUUAUCAUAGGACAACACCCAGGCCAACGAAGUCUUUGUUUCACGUUCAAGUUGUAUCAAUCGUAAUUUUUAAGCAUUCGAACAGCAUCUCACAUUGUAGAUAAACAUAAUAAUCUUAUAAAGAUUAGAUAAACUUGAGUUUACCUAAAUUGUUCUUAGCCUGUAAAAUUUAUCUAUUGUUUUCAAGAAAUAACGGCUUUACAUUCAAUAUGGAAACACACGCGCGUCCUCCAGCUCCUUUAAGAAAAGAUGGUGACAUGGCUAGUAACUGGCAAAACUGGAAAGAAGAGUUUCUUAUAUUUAUGAAAGUAACUAACUAUAUGGAACGAGAAUCCACUGAUAAGCGUGCGUGUCGUUUAAAAAAUCUAAUUGGAACAAUUGGUAUUGAAGCAAUACGAAAUAUAACUUUUGAUAAUGAGCAAGAUAAAGAUGAUAUGGACAUAUUGAUUGAAAAAAUCGACAAAUACUUUAUUCCAACAAAAAAAGAAGUGGUCGAACGACAUCAGUUUUUUACAACAUCAAAAAAACAAAAUGAGUCUAUCGAACAUCAUGUAACUUUGUUGAAAGAAAAAGCUAAAAAUUGCAAUUUUAAAGACUUGACAGAUAGUAUUAUACGAGACAAAAUCAUUUUUGACACUUAUGAUAAAAUACUACGUCAAAAAUUUUUGGAAGCAGACGAUUUAAAUUUGCCAAAGUUAAUAGCGAUUUACAAUGAUUACACUAAUACUGAAAGAAGAAAACAAUUUACGCAAUUUUCUUGUUGGAGAUGUGGUACUAAGCAUCCACAAAAUCAAUGUCCUGCUUGGGGAUUAAAAUGCAAAGACUGUAAUGAAUUACAUCAUUACACUGGACGUUGCCCAGAUCCUAAAAGAAAUAAAAAAAACAAUGAUAAGGUGAAUAAAAAUGUAUUUGAUGAAACACAAAAAUUUACUCCAAAGAAUAAUGAGAAAUGGAAUAUUCAACCAAAUUCUACAAUAAAAAAGAAUUCAAUCACUUUUCCUAACGUUCCAACAACUUGUGAUAGUGAUAACGAAAAUGCAUCUGUCAACAAAGAUUCUACUUUUAAUUUUCCAAAAAAUAAACAUGAUUUACAAUUCUGGAAUGAUAAUACCAUGAAUCACUCAGCAAGUUUGCCUGAAAAACCAGAAGAGAGUUGUUCAUAUAAAAAGUUCCUAGUCAAGCCAGACAUAACACGUACUACAAAUUUCAAAUUACAAAACGAUACCAUGAAUCACUCAUCUAAUUUGCUUAAGAAAACAGAAGAAAGUUGUUCAUAUAAAAAGUUACCAAUCAAGCCAGACGAAACACACACUACAAAUUUAAAAUUACAAAACAAUACCAUGAAUCACUCAUCAAAUCUGCCUAAGAAAGCAGAGGAUAAGCAUUUGUAUAAAAAGUAUACAAUCAAAUCAGACGAAAUACGUGAUACGUCACAUUUAAGAUUACAGAAUCACCCAGCACAUUUGCCUAAAAAAACAGAGGACAGUCAUUCAUUCAAGAAUUUUGCAGUCAAGCCAGAAACACAUGCAAAUUUGAAAUCAUGGAAUGAUAAUAUUACAGGUCACUCAGUAAAUUUAUCUAAGAGCACACUCAUGCCAGACGGGACACAAAACACAAGUUCAAAAUCAUGGAAUGAUAAUAACACAACUCACUCGGCACAUUUGUCUAACACACAGCAUGGUCGUUUGCAGUUUGCUCAGCAUACGGUCACGUCGGAUGGAUGGACAAUUUUAUCCAAAAAUGAAAUCAUUCAAAAGAAAAAAGCAGAUAAAGAUUGUGUAGUGUCUUAAAAUUUUCAUUUAUAUGUAUAUCGUUGAUAUAUCGUACAUAUAAAUAUAUAUCAACAAAGUUUUAA